AAUUGUUUUUGCCUUUAAACGGGCCAAACUUCAUUGCCAUCGAAUUACCCUUCGUCCCGUUCUCUCUAGCGAAGGCAUGUACACCCCCGGCAUAGGCUCCUCUGCUAGUAGCUCUGCUAAAAUGGAAACUGCCUUUGGAGAUACUGAAGUGGUGGAGGCCAAAAGAACACACCUAGCAACUAUGGUAUGGUUGCACGGGCUUGGAGAUAAUUCUACAAGCUGGAUCGGAUAUCUCCAUCUAAUGGAUGCUAAUACUAAGUUUAUCUGUCCAACUGCCCCCUUUCGACGAACAAAGUUAUUGGAAGGCGACUAUUCUACUUCCUGGUUUGAUGUGCAAAACUUCUCCAAAGACGAAUCUGUGGAGGAGUUGGAUGCUGUAGCAGAACGUGUCUCGAAUAUUUUAGCUAAGGAGCCUUCUGGCAUCAGACUAGGAAUAGGAGGCUUCAGCAUGGGUGCAGCUGUCUCUCUGUACUCUGCAACUUGCUUCAUCAACGGUGUGUUUGCAAAUGGCAAACAAUACCCGAUCAAACUGAAUGAAAUUGUUUCACUUAGUGGUUGGAUUCCUUGUUCAAGGUUUGUUCAUAAGAAUACUAUUGGGAUACACGAGGUUGAAAGGCGGGCUGCAUCAUUACGUAUUUUGCUUUGUCAUGACAGAGAGGAUAUGAUUGUCCCAUUUGAGCAUUCUCAGGAGGUUGCUAGGAGGUUAAUUGGAUUUGGAGCGGACGUGACAAUUUGCAAUUACACAGAGCAUGGGCAUCACCCAGAUUUUAGCGAGAAGGGACCGGGUUAUGUUAAAAGAUGGCUAAUGGAGUAGUGAAGCUCAGAUGUGAUAGACCCCACAAAUAGAUUAACAGAUAACGUCCCAAAACAAUAUUUACGGUCGUCUUAUGUUAACUGAUCUCUGGCUGCGAGACAAAUGUAUGCACUGCCCUCUUUGGUAAAACGAAUGCAUGAUUGUUAUUUGGACAUGCGAUUUUGAAUUUUUAAGUUCUAUUUCUUUCUCAUAAA